AUGAAGGCCGAGAAAGUUCUUCCCAACAAAGUGAUAGACGGAACAGUGACGCACAUUGCAUUCAACCGAUUGCGGAAUCCCUCACCACUACUAGGCGUGUUUACUCGCCGCGUAGAAGGUGAGAACAUCAGCUACCAUGUAGAUGUGACUCCGAUCGACGUCUCGCGGUCAGAAGAUGUACUCUCCUUCUCGGGCAAGACAUGGACGCUGCCAGGAAAUCUCCCAAUAGUUCGCGCGGCGGUGGGGGCCAGUGGUCGAGUGAUCGCUAGUAGACGCUACGACACUAGCCUCUUUCGCAUGUACACCCUGCUCGAAUGCGAUUCCGAUCACUCUUGUGCCGUUGCGAAUGGCUUGGUCGGGCCGCCUACAUCCGAAGCUUUGAGCGAUCACUUGCUCGCCGUCGAGCUCUACAGUCCAGACGCAGCAUCCCCCAGCGUCUUUUUUGUGAGCAAGGAUGAACACGAUGAGCAUAUCCACGUCUCGAUGGCAAUGUUCACGCUCGUUGAUGGAGAGUGGGUCAAGGAUGAGUUGUGGCCGCGUCCACCCCUAUACUAUCAUCGUGACUCAUACUCUCCUAUGCUCGGGCACGACGUGCCCGAGAAUGACGGGGCUCAUCAAUUGCACUGGUUGACGAGCCCUAUUGUCGCCGCCUCUGCAAACUCAACCACACUCGCCUGGACCUUCCUGUCCCGCAUCCUUACCUUGGACUAUGUUGGUGAAGCUAGUGGGAAGAUACAUGGAUAUGUACUGGAGGAGUCGAAGCCCCUGGAUGGCUUCAGCCCCGCGGAUCUUCGCGUGAAGGGGGCGAAUUUGAAUCCGAACGGGACUGUUUUCUCCUUUGUCAAUGACAACAACGACAUCAUAACUUUCUCGCGCACAGCGGUCCGCCUAAAGCCGAAAGAAGACCGCAGUUGGGUCGAGUCAUUCUUCCUCUAUCCAAAUGAAAUCGGAUUCUUUUACGACGCAGCGGCUGAAGCACAAGGGCACGCGAACGCCCCAGCGAAAACGAAGCCGAAAUCAAGCUCUCCGUGGAAGGUUCAGACGAAUUAUUUGAACUCUCUUGAUGGGGCGACGAAUGGGAAAGCUGUCGUUGCGUUCCAUCAGCUGGAAGGGUCGCGCCUGGCAACCAACUUCAUGCAUCCGGACGAGACGUACAUACUGGUCCUGUACACAAACAACGUCUUACAAAUCCUGGAAGUCACUCAAAGAGAUAAGGGCAGCCACAUCCAAGCUUACAUACGGAACCGGUGGCCGAUGUUUGUGGCAAUGCUGGCUGUGGUCGUGGUGUUCGCUGCCAACGAGAUGACGGGCGAAUUUACACCGUAUACCUCGCUCUUGACCGCGGGCUUAUCGUUCUGGGUGUUGUUAUCGUUACUGCUCAACGAGCCGAGUUAUGAUUGA